AUGUCUGUAAACCCGAGCCACGAUAUGUCAGAGGAGACUUUCAAGCGUCGCAACCGAGCCGACAGCGGCACCUUUACAUGUGAAGAUGAAACGGAAAGUUUCCGCGAGGCAAUGCUACGCCUUGCCGACUACCUGAUCGAAGAAGACCCCAAACUCGACAAACCCGAUCAGCUUACCCUUCGUUACUUCAGGCGAGUCUACCAGAUCCUAGACAACACCAACUACGUAAUUACUAGAUUCCUGGACCGUACCCAACUAACUACAUCGCCCUCUGAUCCUGCCGAUGCACCAGGUGUGGCUCAUUGCAUACAGCUUGUGUCGAAUAACGAAUCUGGAAGUUGGGCAGAGAACCGGGCAGAGAAUGAGCGUACUGUCAAGAAUUUGCUGCUAGACCGAGCAAAUCGAGCAUGCAAUCGCGAUAUUUUCGCUGUUGGAAAAGUCGUCGGUGGACGAUGGAUUAUCGAGUCCGAACUGGGAGGUGUUGACGGGACUUUCAAUCAAGGUAUCCUCUUCGUGCGCGAUAAUCUCCAAGAAGAUAUGCGCAUCAUGAAGGUCUUACCUUCAGAAGCCAUGUAUCCGGGCUUUCAAGCCCGAGAGAUGAACAUCCUGAGCCGCCUACAUCAUCGCAACAUCAUUACCCUCUACGACGCGCAUCUCCCUAGCCCUGUCACAGAACGUCACGCCUCGCCCUACAUCGUGACAGAGUACUGCGACCAUGGUACUCUAGCCGAUUUAAUCAAAAUAUGGAACGAACAUGGCGAGCUCCUUCCCGAAAGCUUCGUCUGGCAAGUCUUCGAAGCCCUCGUAGCAGCCGUCCAGUACCUGCAUCACGGACCAUAUCCCUACAACGAGGCAGCCUACAAUUGGGAUCCCAUCACCCACCGCGACAUCAUCCCAUCCAACAUCUUUUUGAAGAGCGAUACGCAAGUCAUCCCAAGCGACUAUCCCAUCAGCAUCAAAUUAGCAGAUCUCGGCUGCGCCAUCACCAAUAGCGAGAUGGAAGCUUACAACUAUACCCUUCGUGAUCUUCCUCUCGUGGCUGAUCAGUACAGGCCUCCAGAAGGGGCGCAAGCGACUGAAGCGACGGAUAUGUAUCAAGUUGGGCUGGUCAUGUCGCUGAUGUAUUGUAUGACGGAUAGCCCUUCAAGCAACAUUGCUGAAACAGGCAACUUGACCCAGGACUACCUUGCGGGUUAUAAGGGUUAUUCGUCUGAGUUGCGGAUGUUCAUCGAGAUGUGCCUUGAUGUUGACGAUGAACAGCGGCCUCAUACGAACUUUUUCCUACUGCGCAUACAAAGUGCGAGGAGGUUCUUGAGCAAUGCGGGGAAGUUUGGUGCGCAAGUCGACCUUUUCGCACAGGGUUGA